AUGGUAGAGAAGAGAAGCACCGGCUGGGCUGGUCGCAGAGGAGAGGACUCUGCCAAGAGCAUCACUCCCAGGCGAAAACCUCGAGACGAGCCAUCGCCAUCACAUCCAUCACGCUCACUCUACAAGCCAGUGUUCUCCAUCGCAUCCGUCUACGGAACGAUUGUCCUGCUGGUCUGGCAGCUCUGGACUGGAAACACUGGAAAGUCGCAUGAGACACCCGAAGGACCGAGCAGCGGCUCAAAGCCAAACCAUGCAGAGUUAUCGAAGAAGGAGGGACAACUUCCAGCAUCGGACUCCCAGACUUCAGCGCAACUGGCUAUUGCCAGGUCUGCUACCCAGACUAAAGCACUCAUGGCAGAGAUAAUGCCACGAAUGAGCCAGAGUAAGACGAUCGAGCCAUACAACUAUGCGGACACCUUUGACACGGGAGGUGAUUACUUGCACGUGUCUUGGGGCUGGACGUACCAAAGUCUGGUUGGCGACCAGCGCACCCCCGCUCAGGCAACUGGUCUUGUGCCGAGGAUCUUUGAAGAGCGCGGCUCAAACCUGGGCUGGCAAAGCGUCUUCGAGCUGCUUCUAACGAAUGGAGACAAGGUUCUCGCCAAAGACUGCUCACUUCUACGGCGCACCCGCCUGCCGCGAUCACAAGAGGAUGGCUUCUUGCUUCUUGCAGGCGAGGCUAUCGAGUUGCAGUGUCCGCUUGGGAUACAUGUUUAUUGGACUGCCGCCUUGUUGCGCAUGGCGGCCGGGGCUGAAGUCCUUCGCAUCCGCUUUUGGUAUGAGAGCAACCCAGAGUUGAGCGUGAUGAGCUUGACGUUGUGGGACUUUGACAGUGCGUUGAUGGCUGUUUGUGGCAGCAAACAAGCUCAAUCGUUCGACCACAACGAUUGCUUCGGUGCCAGUGGUGAGGUGGAUGGCAGCCCUCUGAUACACAUCGGGCGUGGGAUUUGGGUUGCACUCGAGCACCCACGCGCCGUCCAUGGGCUGAGAAGCAACGGCACCCGGGUGGUGGCAGAGCUACGUGAUGCAUCCCCGGGGACGCCUUACUUUGCGUCUGCUGGCAUCACCGGUCCGAUCGGUGCAACGGCGGAAGAGUCGGUCUUCUUACUGAGGAGACACUUUCAGGCUUACCUGCAGCAAGUCCGAGCUUCUCCUCCCAAACCUUUUCUGCAUUUCACUACAUGGUACGAUCUGCGGAGGCAUCCGUGCGUGGACUCCAGUCCUUUGGGGCUUCCCCACUGCUCAGCGGCCAAAGUCCUUAACGAGCAGCAUGUGCUUCAGCGCAUGGAAGAGAUUGCCCAACAGCUGUCACAGAGGGGCGUCACAUUGGCGGGUGCAGUUUUGGAUGACGGCUGGGAUGAUGCAGGCGUUCCUUGGAACGUGAAUCGCGACAACUUUCCGGAAGGGUUCAGCUCAUUGGCUAAAACUGCAAGCGACAAAAGGAUGUCCCUUGGUGUUUGGAUGUCUCCUUGGGGUGGCUUCGGGGAAGCUGGAAAGCGCCGUGUAAAGAUUGGUGCCUCCAUGGGCUUCGAAUAUCAAGGUGAUUCCCCCAACCUACUUCGGUUUUCUGGCCACCGCUACUUCGACUGGUUCUACAAUGCAACACUUCAACUUCUGCACAGCGGACUUUCUUUCUUCAAGUUCGAUGGAAUUGGUAGCGGAGUGAAAGCCAGCGGUUCAGCCGAAUACUCCAAAGAUAUUGACAAUCUGUUGUUCUUGAUACAGGAGUUGAGAGCACAGAAGCAGGUCCGUGUAUCGGCAGUGACAGGAUCCUGGCCCUCACCUUGGUGGCUUUGUUCUGUCGAUUCUGUGUGGAGAGGUGGCCCUGAUCUAGGUCGCAAAGGAACCGGCUCCUUGCGGCAGCAGUGGAUGACUUUCCGAGAUUCGAUGGUGUUCGAAGUCUUGAGGCGUGCGCGGUUGUUCCCGCUCUCAAGUUUAUCAUUGGGCGGCUUAGUCUGGAGCCGAGCGGAGGAGCCCGGGGCAUACUUGAACUCCUUCGACUUGGAGGAUUUUUCUCAAGAAGUGCAGGGCAUGAUAUUCACCAUGUACCAGGAGCUCCAGAUUCAGCCAUCCUUACUGGCUCCGGAGUCCUGGGAUACACUUGCCUUGCAUUUCAACUUGUCGCACAAGCAUGCGGCAGUUUUGCAUGAUUCCCAUUGGCUUGGUGGUGACCCAGCCCGGGGGGAGGCCUAUGGUUAUGGAGCCUUCGACUGCCCGCCUUGCAGCGGGCUCCUGCUCUGGCGAAAUCCCAGCGCUGAAGCGCAAAACAUCACCUUCACUUUGCGAGCAGCCUUGGCUUUGCCGCAGGCGUGGCCUGGAGGUGCCGUCGGCGGGCGGUGGCAAAUCAAAACAGUGGGCGGCCCGGGCCCGGCUGAGAGCGACCCUUCCUGGGAGGUCGUUCCGCUUGACCAUGCCCUGCCCUUGCGGUGCGGUGCCUCAGAUCUUUGGUCCUCUGCGCAGAGCGCAGACAUGGAGCCGAGGCUUGCGGCCCUGCAGGUGCUGGAAGAGGUCAGUGAUCAAAGCCGUCUACACGUCUACGUCGGGGACUGUCGCCGCUUCUCGAACCCGUACCGGUCAUGGCCUGGCCAUGGUAGGUCUCCGAUCCCUUUCUCCGGUGGCAGCUACUCGGUUGGCAAAGGCAAAACUGCGGCGAUCUUGAAGUCUCCGAGCCGCGGCUCGGAAACACUGAUGACACUCACAUCAGAUGUGACUUUUCGUGUCAUGAGCGAUGCCGGAGGAGGUUUUUACCAGGUCUUGCCUGAUCAAGUUGAUGUCGCAAUCGGAGUGGGGUAUUUGCAGCUGGAUGCUUCAGCAAUCGAGCGGACGGCCCUAACGCAGCUGCCCAGCUCCAGAGAGAUCCCGGGAAGAUACCGCCUGAGAGCAUCUUCUCCUCUUCACGACAGACCUUCGCCGAAGAGCGAGGAGAUCGGAGAGGUGCUAACAGGAGAGGAGUUGCUUCUCUUUGAGUUGAGUCAUCAUGCUCAAGACGGCAGAUGUCAAGUAUAUGCGAGAGUCAAAACUCAAGGCAACUGCAUUGGCUGGAUGGUCUUUGAGGAUGCGCAAGGUCCAAAAGUUGAUUCCACCAACUUGCUGGGUCCAGAUGUGGCAAAGAUUGGGAGUGAUGCCGCGCAGCAGACUUUGAAAGGCAUAGCUUCCGGCUGUGUUCCAUGGAAGGUUGGCGGGUCUUAUCGCACUUUGCAUGAGCAGCCUUUGCUAGAGCAGCCGGUGCUGCAACGACCAAACCAAAAGCAGUCGCUCCUGGAGACAGUUCCAAGCGGUUCACUUGUGCGACUUGCACAAAUCAAUAAACUGGCGGACGAUCCUGAGAAGUCGGAGCGAAAGCUCUGGUUGAUGGUUCGUGUGGUCGAUGGCAAAAAGUCAGGAAGCUCCGGAUGGCUCAGAUCGGUGCAAGGAAACAAGUGCUUGGUGGACACGAGAGCGCAGUGGGAGGAGGAAAAGCUGGUUAUUGAAGAGCUGCUGGCAGCCUAUAACGCUCCGAUUUCAACACUGCGGCUACCAAAAGUUGGAAAGGCCGAUGGAGUCCAGGAGAUAGGAAACCCUCUUGAAGACCAACCGAUACAAGAACUUGACAGUCAACUUGACAAUCACGAUCGUGAAAUCGCUUGUGGUCUAUGCAUGUGUCGACUUCUCCCGUUCGGAAGGUUGCACCCAGCUGUUCUCCAGGAACACGACCAUUCCCUCCCAACUGCACCAGCGGAUUCGCAAGCACUCACAACCAAAGAAUUUCACCACUGGCUGACGAACAUCUACUCACGCUUCAACCCAAGCUUGCUGCCGAAGGUUCCAGAGUUCAUGCAGAAGUACAGAGGCAGAGAGCCUGAGCUCGUGGAAAGCAUCUGUAGCAAAUAUCGUGUAGCUGUGCCUCCUGGGUGGUGCAAGCUGGACUAA